UAACUGCUUUAUGGUGGCGAAACAAUAUCUUCGGGGAAUACCCAAAAAAAACAAGAUAAUUAAUUAUUAACAAAUUGUUGAGAUAAUAUUGUUUAAUAUUAUAUGAUAUUAAUAGUGUGUUUUUGAAAAUCUAAGAUACUUUAUAUAAAAAGAAAGUAGUAAAAAUGAGUAUAUUAGAAGAAACCAGACUAAAAUGGUAUGAUAUUUUAGAGAGUUUGCUUGAAUGUCCCGUAUGUUGUGAAAUACCAGAAAGCAAUAUUUUACAAUGUGUAUCGGGUCAUCACAUAUGCAUAUCCUGUCGUUAUCGAUUACAAAAUUGCCCAAUAUGUAAAAAUAAUUUUUCUAAUACAAGAAAUUUUUUUGCUGAAGAAAUGGCAAGCAAAUUGGAAGAAAUAUUGACAUCCCUUAUGUAUCCUACACAUAAAAUUAAUAGAAGAAUUCUUGAAAAUAAAAUGUGUGUAUUUACACAGACAGAAAACAUAUCUAAAGCAUCGGUAGAAGUACAAACUAGAAAUGUAUUAAUUUGGAAUAAUAAACAAACGCAAACGAAUAAUACAUGGAUGGAAAAUAGAUCAAAACAAAAGCAAAUAGAGAAAAGAAAGUUUCACUAUCCUAAAAUUGGAAAAGGGAAUUACCCAUGUUGUUUAGGUUCAUGUACCAUUUCAUUAUCAUUUGAAAAGAUAGUAGAACACUUAAAAUCUUUUCAUAAGGAUGUAUUUUAUGAAUUCAAGGAGAAUAAUGGAAUAUUUACACAAACUUGUGAAUUAGAAUAUAUGAUACCAAGAGACCAUGAUUUAGCAGUUUAUGUAAGAAACAUGGGAUUGUUUUUUAUAAAUAUCAGAAUUCUUCAUACAGGCGAUUUGAGAGGUAUGAUUUUGCUUGUAAAUAGUGCUUCAGCAAGUAAACAAUUUACAUUUGAAAUAACAAUUGGAUUGGGGAGAAGAUCUGUGACAUACUUAGGAAUGGUAAAAACGUGCAGAGUAAUACAUCAGCAAGCUAUGGAAGACUGUCUAUAUAUUAAGAAUUCUGAAAUGAAACAAAAAAAUAUGGUUCGUCAUGAUGGUACAUUUAGCUGUAAUUUUAGUAUUAAACGUUCUAAUUUAACAGAAACAAAUCAUGAUUUAGAAAAUCAUGAGUAACCAAAUAUCACAAAUUAUAUCUAUACUGUUAUUAUUGUUGUUAUUAUAAUAUUAAGGUUUGGAAGUUAAAACAGAUGUUUUUUGAUUGCACUUUAAAGAUCGUAUAUUUAAAAGUAAUUCAACAUAAUCAGUACUUCUGCUAUAAUGAAAGUAAUUAAUUUUUUGUUAUGUUAUUUAACAAGUUUUCUUUUUUUUUUUUUUUUUUGGUUUUUAAUCUUUUUUCUUAAUAAACGUUUUUGGCUACAAUUUCUAACAUUUAUUUCAAUUACUGCAACGGUCAUUAAAUUAUUUAUUUGUUAUUAUUUUAUAAAAUCUACUUAUUUUGUGAAUGUCUUUAUUAAAGUCUGUACAUCUUAUUUGUAAAGCAUUAUAAUAGCAUGGCAAUCUUUCCUUCUCUAAGACAAAAUGUUUUGUUAAUACAAUGAGUUAUAGAAAAUAAUUUUUGUUAACUGAAUAAUUCAAUUGAUUAUGUAUCAAACGAUUGGUAAAAUUAUAUUUAAUUUAAAUCAAUCUGAACUGUGCUAUACCAAAUGUUUAAAAUUACAACAAUUUUAUGUUAAGUAAAUUAUCGUAGUUCGUUACACAGUACUUUGUUCAUAGAACUUGUAUUUCUGAAAAUAAAAUAUAAUAUUUCAAAUAUGACAAACUAAGAUGAUCUAAUGUGAAUAGCUUUAAUCAUUAGAUAAUAUUGGGAUAACUACAUAAUCUGCAUAUUACGUGAUGAACACUGAUACUAAAACCAAUUGAUAUAUUCCAAAAAUUAUAUAACUUUUUUAUUUGAUUAAGUUAUUAAAAAUAAUAUUAUUUGAUUAAGUUAAAUCUCUAUCGAUAGAAAUUUUGCCAUUUUCUUUUCUUACAUCCCAUUAAAUUUAACAUAAGCAUUUCCAAACAGCCUCGUGUGUUUGACUGGAGUUUUCAUACUCACUGUUAAUGCAUACGCAACUAAUAGACAAUAAUGAAAAUUACUUUUUUGAGCGUGUUUCAUAACGCUCUGGACGUGUGAUUUAAUUUAUCUACACUUUUCUUCCCCCCUUUGUAUUCUUCUACAUUUUUUUUUAAAGAUUUUAACACAUGUUUGUCCAGUGUAGUGAUCUUACCAUAGUAACAUUACUAUCAUAUUUGUCUGAUUACCUAACUUUUAUGUUAGGUGCAAAAUCAGUUUCUCAUUUGCUUCUUCAACGACUAUAUAAUUUUCCUUCAAGUACCUCCUUCGCGCAAUGACUUUUGUUGUUCAAGAAGUCGCUCCAAAGGAGAAGGACCAGGUCCAGACCAUAAAGAUUGUUGAUUAAGUCUAGCCUUCAUUUGAUCUUGAUUUGAAGGAUUAGAUAUUUGAGAACCAGAACCCCAUGUAUUGCCACUAAAUAAAGAAUAAGUGUUUCCUGUUGUGGUUGAUUGUACGGGCUUUUGAUCCAUCUGUAUAUCGAAGGUAUUACAAAUAAGUUUAUAAUUGACAAUAUAUUUGUUUAUAAAUAAAAAUUAUCAUACACACCUCA